CGGUGAAUCAAACUGGAUAAAAGUGGAGCAAAAGUUGGUUGCUAAAGGAACCAAUAGAACCUCAAGGCUUCAAAUAACAACUAACAAGAAAGGAGUUGUCUGGUUUGAUCAAGUAUCACUCAUGCCUGAAGACACAUACAAGGGACAUGGCUUUCGCACAGAACUUAUAUCCAUGAUUUUGGAUUUAAAACCACGAUUCUUGAGAUUUCCUGGAGGCUGCUUUGUAGAAGGUGACUGGUUAAGAAAUGCCUUUAGGUGGAGAGAAUCUAUUGGUCCAUGGGAAGAGAGACCUGGACACUUUGGGGGUGUUUGGCAUUACUGGACUGAUGAUGGCCUUGGAUACUAUGAAUUUCUUCAGGUGCCACUUUAUACUGCUUCUGUUCGAGCUUUCCUUCCCUGUUGGUGUCCUCACUGACAACAAUUAACUCUGAAAUCUACAUCAAAGCUUGCGGAG